UGUGUUUGUUUACGCAGGGCUAGCGGCGAAGUGCUACUUUGUGCAGUCGCUUCUGUUCUCUAAGAGCUGAGGAUAUACAGGAAAAUGUCUGUGUAAGAAGAGACUGUGUUAAAAGAGACCGUGUGAAGAAGCGGCCCGGUUUUGUGUCGUCGUUGAAGCCUCGCAUGUUGAUUGUUUCCUCCAAAAAGAGCGGUAACAAGAGAUGCUGCUAACUGUAUCAUGGUUGCCUGAGGGGACAUAAUGGACAAUGGCCAACUGAGCCGCGUGUGUCGGCCCCAGCGGAUCAGUGAAUCGUCCAAGGUGUUCCACUGGGUGGGUCAUGCGGUGGAGCUGUUGCAGGGCCUCAAUGAGCAGCGGCAGCACAGACAGUUCUGUGAUGUGGUUCUGGUGGCCGACGACCAGCGGGUCCCCGCUCACCGAGCACUGCUGGCCAUCUCCAGCCCGUACUUCCACGCUAUGUUUACCUUGGGCAUGAGGGAGGAACGCCAGGAGGAGGUGGAGCUGGUUGGGAUGUCCUACAUCGGUCUGAACGCUGUAGUGGACUUCCUGUACAGUGGAGAGCUGCCAUUGGAUGGAGGAAACAUUGACUAUGUGCUGGAAGCUGCCCACCUUCUGCAGGUGUGGCGAGCGGUGGAUUUCUGCUGUCAGUACCUGGAGAGGGAGGUGAGUGAGGAGAACUACCUGUACCUGCAGGAGCUGGCUCUGCUCUACAGUCUGGAGCGACUCGACGCCUUCAUCGACCACUUCAUCCUCACACACUUUGCUACACUCUCUUUCACCCCAGAUUUCAUUCGCGACAUUCCUCUACACAAACUCACCUCCUACCUCUCCAGUGGCCAGGUUCAGCAUGAGAGCGAGGAGGCGCUUCUGCAGGCCACCCUGCAGUGGCUCAGCCAGACUCCCGAGCGGACCUCCCACGCCAGAGAGCUCCUCACACACAUCCGCUUCCCUCUGAUGCCGGUGGGGGACCUUGUGGGCCGGGUGGUGCCGGCGGUGCGGGCCUUGCUGCCGGAAGAGGCCGGCUGCGAGGCCCUGGUGGAGGAAGCUCUGGAGUACCACGCCAGGCCCAGCGCCCAGCCGCUCCUGCAAACAGCACGCACCACGCUGAGGGAAGGAGCAGAGCGGCUGCUACUGAUUGGAGGAGAGGUGUCAGAACGUGGCGAGGAGCUGAGCGCCAAUGUUUGCCGGCUGGACGGUGAAACAGGAAGCUGGGAGGUGGAAACUGAGCUGCCGGCCCAGCGGAGCCACCACUGCCUGGCGGUGCUGGGGGGCUUCAUCUUCGCUGCUGGCGGCAGCUCGUCCAGGGACAACGGUGGAGAUGCUGCCUGUAACCUGCUGUAUAGAUACGACCCCCGCGACAACCAGUGGACCAGGGGUUCUCCAAUGAACCAGCAGCGAGUGGAUUUUUACCUGGGGGUAGUGGGAGAGUGCCUGAUCGCCGUGGGUGGAAGGAAUGACACCGGAGCUUUGUCCUCUGUGGAGGUUUACUGUCCCGCUGAGGACUGCUGGUCCUACGUGGCAGGACUGCCCAGGUUAACUUAUGGCCAUGCUGGGACGGUCCACCGUGGCAUAGUCUACAUCUCAGGCGGUCAUGACUAUCAGAUCGGCCCAUACCGCAGAGAUGUCCUGAGUUAUGAUCCAUCACGGGACUGUGAUGUGUGGGUGGAACGCCAGGCCAUGUCUCUGGCCCGGGGCUGGCACUGCAUGGCCUCGCUUAACCACCUCAUCUACGCGAUUGGGGGUAGCGAUGACCACGAAGACACCACAGAGCGCUUCGACAUCCUGCAGGUGGAGUCCUACGACCCACGCAGUGGCCAGUGGACUCGGGUGGCACCGCUGCUGCUGCCCAACAGUGAGGCCGGGCUUGCAGUCUGGGCAGGGAGGAUCUACGUGCUUGGGGGCUACAGCUGGGAGAGUAUGGCAUUUUCCAGAGCCACUCAGGUGUACACCCCUGACAAGGACUCAUGGUCCAGAGGUCCAGACCUGCCAAAACGCAUUGCAGGGGCCUCAGCAUGUGUGUGCACUGUGAAGCCUUCACCAUCAUCACCCUCACCGGAGAACAAGAAGAUGGGACAAGGGGUGAAAUGAAUAUCACACCCCACAUAAAAACAGUAGUAUUUCUGAUACAAAAUCUUUAAUAGAAGUAUCAGAAUCACUUUCUCACAAAGGACACUGCAGUAUCACAACAAGGGAGAGGAGUUGACAAAAACUACACCAUAUGAUGGACACUCUUUGUACCACAUUUGCAUUCACAGUUAGAUAUUCUCUGAAGAGAGAAACCAUUUUUGUAUCCUUGGUACAGUCAAUGCAAAAAUAUGCUUUGACAUUCAGGUGUCUCUGUCUUUUUAAAGUCAGGAAGUGAGAGCUUGAAAAAGUUCAAAGGCUGGGUGGCGGGUUAAUAUUAAGUGUAAAACUGCAAGAUGAGUUGUACUCUUGCACUCUAGUCUGCAAAAAGCUACCCGGAAGGUCGACGUAAAAUUGGGUAUACCAGCAGAUUCUUUUAUACGAUGCUGAUUAUUUGGAGCUACGAAAGGAGUUCACUGCAGGGUCUUUAUUACACAUACACAUAACAAGACAGCAUGGAGCAACACAAUUUUUACAGUUAACUAGCAGUCAUCCUUAUACAUUAUUAAAUACUAAAUGUUUCCCUUGUUUUGUUUAAACCAGGAGCCAAUUAUCAUACAAGGGUCCACACAUAAUGGGUGGAACCACUGAUUGUGAUUUUUCAAAUUUCGAGAGGCAUGCUCCAGGUCUAAGUACCAGCUGCAGUUGUGUAAUACUAACCCCUGCCAUAACUCAUCCACCGUUGACUAGGCACUAACCAGCUCUGAGGAAUAACUAACCAGCUGCUUUACACUGCAAGAACAGUGCUUUAUUUCCAUGUCUUCUGCAUGGAUGGUAUGUGGUUGAGGAUUCUGACUUGUGGCCUGGCACAUGCAGCUUUAACUAUGUUUUUGCAUGAUAUCAUGUACUAUGAACCCUUUGAGCACAUUAAAACUGAUUUUUAAAGUCUUGCUUUAAAACGAGUCAGCUGGAGGCAUGAAAAAGUCAGCUGGAGACAACGUUUUUAAACCCACUCAUGGAGCCUACAUUAGCUUAAUUAGCAAGCUAGCUACAGCUGAUGAAAUCAGCAGGUGACAGUUGUCAGUACAGCCAGCAAAUAGUCAGUGACUCUGUCAGGUAUUGGGUCAGGUGACCACUAUGGUUUACACAUUCCUAAAAUCAUCAGCCAAGUCCCUCAGAAACCUCAUUCCUACUCUAAGGUCAGUCUGCCUUGCAGGACUAAAAGCGGUAGAAUUGACAUAAUCCAUAAAAUAUUGUAACCACUGCCUCUGGAGUACAAAACUACAUAAAUUUAAGUGAUUAUUUAUGUGUCGUAUUAUAAGUUGAUGGACAGAUUUAAACGCAUCUGCAGAUAGCCUCGUCACACAAGCACAAAUUCUCACAGAGAAAUUGUUACAUGCUUUAUCUAGGUCCAUCCAGCAAAGCCUACCUUCCCACAUUUACAGAGUGUAUGUAAAGAAAUUAUUAUGUGCUUCUUACUGUGAAUUGUAAUAAAAUGUGUGAUUCAGAA